CUCUUCGAAUCGCCAUGACACACUGCACAACCGAAUGAGAUUCAGCUGUCUGAAAACAACCACAGCGAAGAAUGAACAUAUUAUUUUGAUUUUGUUAUAUUUCAGCGUUUGUAAAUUCAAGGGAGAUUAUCUUUAGUUGAACACCAUGGAGCCGACAGCGCCCAAAAGCAAGCUGAAGAAACUGAGUGAAGACAGUCUCACAAAACAACCAGAGGAGGUCUUUGAUGUUCUGGAAAAACUUGGUGAAGGGUCCUAUGGCAGUGUGUUUAAAGCCAUCCAUAAGGAGUCAGGCCAGGUGGUGGCUAUCAAACAGGUUCCUGUUGAAUCAGACCUCCAGGAGAUCAUCAAGGAGAUAUCCAUCAUGCAGCAGUGUGACAGUCCCUAUGUGGUGAAGUACUAUGGCAGCUACUUUAAGAACACAGACCUGUGGAUAGUGAUGGAGUACUGUGGAGCCGGUUCUGUUUCAGACAUCAUCAGACUACGCAAUAAGACGCUCACAGAGGAUGAGAUCGCCACCAUCCUCAAGUCCACAUUGAAAGGUCUGGAGUAUCUGCAUUUCAUGAGGAAGAUCCACAGAGACAUAAAAGCAGGCAACAUUCUCCUCAACACAGAGGGCCAUGCCAAACUGGCUGACUUUGGAGUAGCAGGACAACUCACGGACACGAUGGCAAAGCGGAACACGGUGAUCGGGACUCCGUUCUGGAUGGCUCCAGAGGUCAUCCAGGAGAUCGGAUAUAACUGUGUGGCAGACAUCUGGUCCCUGGGCAUCACCUCUAUAGAGAUGGCUGAGGGCAAACCUCCCUAUGCUGAUAUCCAUCCCAUGAGGGCUAUUUUCAUGAUCCCCACCAACCCACCACCGACGUUCAGGAAGCCUGAGUUGUGGACAGACGACUUCACACACUUUGUAAAGAAAUGUCUGGUGAAGAACCCAGAACAGAGAGCUACAGCCACGCAGCUACUACAGCAUCCCUUCAUCACGGCAGCCAAGCCCGUCACCAUCCUGAGAGACCUGAUCACUGAGUCCAUGGAGAUGAAGGCUAAGAGACAACAGGAGCAGCAGAGAGAGCUGGAGGAGGAGGACGACUCUGAAGAGGAGGUGGAAGUGGACUCCCACACCAUGGUGAAGUCUGGACCAGAGGGAGCUGGGACCAUGAGAGCUACCAGCACCAUGAGUGACGGGGCUCAGACCAUGUUAGAGGCAGACCUGGGAACCAUGGUCAUCAACAGUGAUGAGGAGGAGGAGGAGGGCAACGAUGAAGGCUCCAUGAGGAGACACCCCACCUCCCAGCAGGCCCUGCGACCCUCCUUCAUGGACUACUUUGACAAGCAGGACUCUAAGGUCCAACAGGAGAGCUAUAACCAUAACCAGCAGCAGGAACCAGCCUAUCACAUCAGCCAGGCUAAGAACGUCUUCCCUGACAACUGGAAGGUUCCUCAGGACGGAGACUUUGACUUUCAGCUGAAGAACCUUGACUUUGAGGAGCUGCAGCUCCGUCUGACGGCUCUGGACCCCAUGAUGGAGCGAGAGAUCGAGGAGCUACGCCGGCGCUACACCGCCAAGAGACAACCCAUCCUCGACGCAAUGGACGCCAAGAAACGCAGACAGCAGAACUUCUGAAGAGCAUGACCUGAGGAUCACAUUCUGACCUGGGCCCGUGUUCAUACAGUGCUGAUCUGGGCUUAAGGUUGUCCACUUUCCAUGUAAUCUCAUUCCUUACGAUCUGAAAGACAGAACUGAUCCUAGAUCAGCACUCUGGCAGCAGAACUGCUGAGGACCUUAACAGAAAGCACCAGGCCUUCUCUAAGACCUGACACAGGGAGAGGAGAGACCUGACUGGAAUUGAAUUCACCCUGUGCUUCUAAAAUGUCCUCCAUUUUUGUCUCUCAUCACCACCCCAGUAGUCAGGAUGACUCCAGUCCAAACUAUUUCCCCAUUGCUCAGGACUAUUGUAAACAAUUCUUAGCCUCCCUAUCUGUUAAUUAUGAACCUGGAGGUAGCGUUAUAUCUCAAAGUAUCAUUUUCCUAAAGAUGUUUCUCCCAGCUCUGCUACUCUGUUGGCUCUUGGGAAAUGACCAGCAGUUAUGGGAGAUAAUGUUAAAGGAGUUACUCGUAGACUCUCUGCAUUGUAAUGUCAGAAAAUGUCCAGAAUAUAUCUGCAGAAAUAGUGGAAUGAUAGUGUUUUACACAAAGAAAAAAAUGUUUGACAACAAAAGACAGAUGGGGAAACCUGAACCCUUCCUCUCUCCCAUCGCCGUCGCUAAGAGGCGUGGUCAUCCCCUCUCUCCCAUCGCCGUCGCUAAGAGGCGUGGUCAUCCCCUCUCUCCCAUCGCCGUCGCUAAGAGGCGUGGUCAUCCCCUCUCUCCCAUCGCCGUCGCUAAGAGGCGUGGUCAUCCCCUCUCUCCCAUCGCCGUCGCUAAGAGGCGUGGUCAUCCCCUCGAGCACAACCAAUAAUGGCAGACUUGGUAAAGCGGCCAAUGUAGAAAUCACUCUUUCCUGGUUACUAUAGUUCUACACUCCUUCCUGGUUACUAUAGUUCUACACUCCUUCCUGGUUACUAUAGUUCUACACUCUUUCCUGGUUACUAUAGUUCUACACUCCUUCCUGGUUACUAUAGUUCUACACUCCUUCCUGGUUACUAUAGUUCUACACUCCUUCCUGGUUACUAUAGUUCUACACUCUUUCCUGGUUACUAUAGUUCUACACUCCUUCCUGGUUACUAUAGUUCUACACUCCUUCCUGGUUACUAUAGUUCUACACUCCUUCCUGGUUACUAUAGUUCUACACUCCUUCCUGGUUACUAUAGUUCUACACUCUUUCCUGGUUACUAUAGUUCUACACUCUUUCCUGGUUACUAUAGUUCUACACUCUUUCCUGGUUACUAUAGUUCUACACUCUUUCCUGGUUACUAUAGUUCUACACUCCUUCCUGGUUACUAUAGUUCUACACUCCUUCCUGGUUACUAUAGUUCUACACUCCUUCCUGGUUACUAUAGUUCUACACUCUUUCCUGGUUACUAUAGUUCUACACUCUUUCCUGGUUACUAUAGUUCUACACUCUUUCCUGGUUACUAUAGUUCUACACUCUUUCCUGGUUACUAUAGUUCUACACUCCUUCCUGGUUACUAUAGUUCUACACUCCUUCCUGGUUACUAUAGUUCUACACUCUUUCCUGGUUACUAUAGUUCUACACUCCUUCCUGGUUACUAUAGUUCUACACUCCUUCCUGGUUACUAUAGUUCUACACUCCUUCCUGGUUACUAUAGUUCUACACUCUUUCCUGGUUACUAUAGUUCUACACUCUUUCCUGGUUACUAUAGUUCUACACUCCUUCCUGGUUACUAUAGUUCUACACUCCUUCCUGGUUACUAUAGUUCUACACUCUUUCCUGGUUACUAUAGUUCUACACUCCUUCCUGGUUACUAUAGUUCUACACUCUUUCCUGGUUACUAUAGUUCUACACUCCUUCCUGGUUACUAUAGUUCUACACUCCUUCCUGGUUACUAUAGUUCUACACUCCUUCCUGGUUACUAUAGUUCUACACUCUUUCCUGGUUACUAUAGUUCUACACUCCUUCCUGGUUACUAUAGUUCUACACUCCUUCCUGGUUACUAUAGUUCUACACUCUUUCCUGGUUACUAUAGUUCUACACUCCUUCCUGGUUACUAUAGUUCUACACUCUUUCCUGGUUACUAUAGUUCUACACUCUUUCCUCAAUUCUUGUUUAUGUGAGAACAUUAUAGUAGGGAAUUAUUGUACCAUCUAAAUCGCUGUGAAUAUAUAUUUUUAACAGCAAAAAUAUAGUUUUUCCAGCUAGUUGGAUGAAAUGGAAAGUAAAAUAGUCUUAGCACGAUGUUCCAGGGGGAAAAGCUGUUGGUACAUUCGUCUGUGGUAGCAGCAGCCAGCCUGGGGGACGAUGGAGGAUCGAUGGAAACCCGGUGGUGUUUGUUUGAUAUUAUCAUGAUGUAAUACUGUAUAUAACCCAGUUACGGAAAGCUGUGGUGCUUUGUCCACAACCAAAGACUAUCUUAAUGAGAACGAAAGAGCAAUGAAUUCAUGUGGUCUGAGUGGACAGACUGUUUUCUUCCAAUAGGAACUAUGCUGAACAACAAUAUAAACACAACAUGUAAAGUGGUGGUUCCAUGAUUCAUGAGCUGAAAUAAAAGAUCCCAGAAAUCUUCCUAUA